UUGAACAAUAAUAAGAGGGUGACUACAGUUUUCGGGUUACUGGUGGUAAAAUGUCUCCAUUAGGACUCAUCUUGGUUUCCUCUGCACUGCUAGCUGGUCUCUGCAUUGCAGGACCACAGCCAUUGAAGGUUACAACCAUUAAGGAGGAACCAUAUGCAAUGUCUAAAGGCUCCGAACUGGAGGGCUUCUGCAUUGACCUGCUGUCAGCUAUCUCUAAUAAAUUAGGCUUUAAGUACGAUGUUCAUGUCGUGAAGGACGGCCGAUAUGGCAAAACAGACGACAGUGGCAACUGGAACGGAAUGAUUGGAGAAGUUGUCAGAGGAGAAGCAGAUAUCGCUGUGGCACCGCUUACUCUUACGGCUCAGCGUGAGGCAGUUGUGGACAUGUCCAAACCCUUUAUGCAGACAGGCCUUAGUUUCAUCAUGAGGAAAGACUUGGGCUCAGAUGACUCGCAGUUCCUGAGCCUUCUUAAACUGUUCUCCACUGAGAUGUGGAUGGGUGUACUUGUUGCCUACCUGUUGACCUCAGUUUGUAUCUUCUUGGUGUCACGGAUCAGCCCCUGUGAGUGGGAGCAACCAGAGAAAGACAACAAUUCCUUCACGCUCUCACACAGUUUUUGGUAUACUGUUGGAGCACUGACACUUCAAGGUGCUGGACCCCACCCCAAAGCUCUUUCAGGACGUGUCAUCACCUCUAUCUGGUGGAUUUUUUCACUGGUGCUGCUUGCGUGUUACUUUGCCAACCUCAGUUUAUGGCUGCAUUCAGACAACCAGCAGCUGUCAAUAAAGACCUUUGAAGACCUUGCUAAUCAAAAUGUGAUCGAGUACGGUACCAUUAAAGACUCUUCAUCUUUCAGCUUCUUCAAGAACUCCAACAACCCCACAUACCACAGAAUCUACGAGCACAUCAAGGAAGCCCAGAGCUAUUCGCUCAAUGCGGCAGAAGGUUUCCGCAGGGCUCAGAAAGGCAACUAUGCUUUCAUUGGCGAAUCUGUGUCCCUGGACCUGGCAGUGGCGAGAUACUGUAACCUCACACGUGCCCCCGAAAUCAUUGGCAUGAGAGGGUACAGCAUUGCUGCUCCAUUGGGGUCUCCUUUGAUGAAGAAUCUAAGUGUUGCCAUUCUCCGUCUGAGUGAGUCUGGCGAGCUGGAUUACUUUCGCAGUAAGUGGUGGGCUAGCAGUUGUGUGGCUAAAGACGGCAAAGGUGCUCCACUAAAGCCCACAAGUCUCAAGGGAGUCUUCUUAUUACUGGCAUUCGGUCUGGGACUGGGGCUUUUCCUGGCUUUGAUGGAACUAGCUGCCAAAUCACGCAAAGUCGCUAACAGUGAGCAGAAAUCCUGCUGUUCGGUGAUGUCUGCAGAGCUCAGUCAGCGCUUCAGAGGUGGCGAAGUGGCAACGUCAGAUUCCACUGAGAAAAACAAAGCCUAAUCCUCAAUAAAGCACUGACACAUAUGCAUUUUAUCGCUUAAAGUUCAUCAUGUCCAAAUCACUUUUAUAUGCUACUAACUAUACUGAGUGGGUGAGGGUCGUGAAACCAUUGCAUUUGUUGUGUACACUUCGAAAUUUAAGUAUCGCUUAAAGAGGAUUUAGUCAGGUUUUCUCACCAGAUCUCCUGUGUAUCAGUUUUGUCUUUACAGUGAAACGUUUUAUUUGCAGAAUAGCCAAAUUUAUUUUUUUAUUUUAUUUAUUUUGGUAUUAAACACGACAGAUUUUUGGUUCGGUAGUUCAUUCCGCUGUGGCAACCCUUGAUAAAUAAAGGACUAAGCCUAAGGAAUAUGAACGAAUGGAUAAAUAUUUUUGGUUUCAUGACACUCACCUUGAUAAUAGUAUAACAGUUUAUCUACAGAAUGAAUUUGGUUCUUUUAAUGUGUCUUAUUGUAUUAAACAAGUCUAAGUUAGUUUUAUUUUGGUUUACAUAAAGAGAUGGAGGACGCAUCAGUUUAAUAAUAUCAUGUUACACUCUUUCAUUGCAAUAUUACCUUACACUGCUGUUAACAUUUUGAUAAUUCCCAAGUUUCUGUCCAUGUCCUAAUCUUAUAUGCAAUCUUUUUUAAUGCGUGUAUAUGCAUGUAAGAGAAAAUUGCAUACAGAUAAGUUCAAAUGUUUUCUUUUACUCCUAUAAUACAAAACGAUGCAUGCAAAAUGUUUUCCAUGAAUACUGUGAAGAAUCAUUCCUAUAUUUUAUAUGUCAUUGUUCUAUUUUAGAGAAUUUUCUUAACGAAAUAAAAAGAUGAACUAUGCUGUUUGCAUAUGUAA